CAUCAAGAUAACGAAGAGUCGAGGAGAAGAGCAAAAAAGCAAAACAGCAAAGCGAGGAGAGAGAUGGCGGCGAGGCGAGGUCGAGGGCGCGGGCGCGAGUGGGAGGACGACGACCUCGGCGUCGGCGGCGGGCAGCCCCCGCACCUCGCCGCGCCCGUCGUCUGCCUCGCCCGCUCCGCCGGGGACCUCGCCGCCGGCGCCUUCGUCGGCUCCCUCGUCGGAUACGGGCAAGGUUUGCUCACUAACAAAGGUAUGAAGGGUUCACUCAGCAGUGCUGGAUCUUCUGCCAAGACUUUCGCAGCACUGUCUGGUGUCCAAAGUUUUAUCCUGUGCUUGCUGAGAAGAUUGCGAGGGAAAGAUGAUAUGAUCAAUGCUGGCGUGGCUGGUUGUUGCACAGGACUUGCUUUGAGCUUUCCAGGUGCACCGCAAGCGAUGUUCCACAGCUGUGUCACCUUCGCGGCAUUCUCUUGCAUCAUGGAUGGACUCAAUAAGCAGCAGGCUGCCAUGGCAGCGACACUUGCCAGUAAACCUUCAACCAUUAAGCAUCAGGAGGGAGACGUCCUCCCACCGUUCACUCUUCCACCGCUGCUGAACGCUUCGGACGCUUUAGCUUCAUGCUGCCAAGCCUUCCUCAAACCGAAGGACUAGACUGCUGAAGAAUAAUCACAAAGAAAAUCUUGCUCCAUUAGUUUUGUAUCUGCCCUUAGUAUUCGGAAUUCAUGCCCAGUUAUGUGCUAUGUUUUCCUGAACUUGCUUUAACUUUGAUCCUGUUUUGGUUCUGUGGGUAUCAUACUCCCAAUUUUUGUAUCUAUUUUGUUUACGCACUUUGUAACAAGCUUAAUGAAAAAAGAUAAUAGCAAUAUGAGUGCUUAUCAGGCUAUCUGCAAA